AUGGAUCAGACUACAGAUCGAUCGUCUUCCAUGGUUUCUUCGAUGCCUGAAGAGGUCCCCGCUCUCGACAUCUUAGACACAUAUCCGUCACCGGUCUCUGCCACGACGCCUCAGGGAGGAUUUCCUCUGGUCGGCUUAGGCAUUUCAAACUGUGGCCUGGAACCUACCUUGAAUCACAGUCAACGAUUCCCAGCACCGCUAUCCUACUCGAUGCCUCCCGCCGAGCGAAAUCAGUUAGCAGCCGCGCCUCCCUUUUACAAUACCUUCUUUAAACCUCUGGGGUCGCCCGAAGAUCCGGAGUCGUUCUUUGCGACAUACGACGGGUUCCCGGGAGCCUUGCUCACCCCCCUCGAUUUCUACGAUUCCCAAACUAUGAGCGCUUCCACCCGCUACAACUCGAAUUUGGAGGCCACCAGCAGCCAGGAUGCGUUUGGCCAUUUGCAAUUUUGGAAUCACACACCAUGCUCGGGAUCGACAACAACCAUGGACCCUACUCUUCUUGCGACAGUUCCUCCAACGGGACUUCAGCCAGUAUUGCCCCAGGCUCCUUACUGCGCGCCCAUCAGGACUUCAGGCUUUCCGAUCCAGACUGACAUCAGCCCAUCCAGUCCUUUAGACAAACGUGGCAAGAGCUCUGCUCGGCCCCAGUCCUCCCCUGUUCGGGUAGAAGUCUAUGAGAACAGCACUACGUCUGGCGAAAGCGGUCUUGAUGUCAGUCAUAAGCAGCCGAUGAAGACUUGUGCUUCCUCUGUUGAGUCAAGGAGAACAAAUAACAAGGGAUACACAUGUCCAACAUGUGGCUUUACGUUCACCCGGAAAUCCAACUGCAAAGAGCACCAGAAAAGGCACGACCCCAGCUUUAAGCCGUCGUUUACAUGCUCGACGUGCGAGAAAAGUUUUGGCAGGAAAGCCGACCUCAAUCGUCAUGUUGAGAAUGUAAGUCAGGUAUAUUCCGCUCUGGGCUAG